CUUGUUCUCCCCCGUCUCUCUCGAACCAAUUUCUACCUGAAACCCUAUAAUACUGCCUUCCCUCCUGCAACACGCAAGGGCUAAUAAUUAGAAGAGGAAGAAGGAGGACCGAGGAAGACGCGCAUUUGAGAGAGAGAAUAAUGGGAUCGGGGGUCGGAACCUUUCUCAAGGUGGUGCUGAAAAACUUUGAUGUUCUUGCUGGGCCGUUUAUCAGUCUUGUGUAUCCUCUGUAUGCUUCCAUCAGGGCAAUUGAGACUAAAUCUCCUAUAGAUGAUCAGCAGUGGCUUACCUAUUGGGUUCUGUAUUCCCUCGUUACUCUCUUUGAGCUCACCUUUAACAAACUCCUCGAAUGGAUCCCUAUAUGGCCAUAUGCAAAGUUGAUUUUGACCUGCUGGUUGGUCAUACCAUACUUCAGCGGUGCUGCAUAUGUAUAUGAACAUUUUGUGAGGCCCGUGCUUGUCAACCCUCAGACUAUUAACAUCUGGUAUGUCCCAAGAAAGAAGGAUCUCUUUAAUAAGCCGCCAGAUGACAUUUUGACCGCUGCGGAGAAGUAUAUUGAAGAGCAUGGAACUGAACAGUUUGAAAGUCUCAUCCAUAGGGCUCAUAAGUCUGGGACUAGCGGCAGUUUGACAGUAUUUGAUGAGGACUAUCAUUAUUCAUAAUGUUAUACUUUGAAUUCUGGAGUCGGUGAUGCCUACUAACAGAGAUGUACAAUGCCAUGAGCUGUUGUGUUGCAGUACCAGAUUUCACUGGCUUUCUGCUUUCUGGUGAUAAUGUAUAUGCACCCUUCUGUUAUUUGCAGUAGUUCUACCGUUGCAGUUGCUGCUACUGUUCUUUUGCUUCCGUGUAUUUAGGGCAAUAGUGUAAAUUCUUCAGAUAAACUAUGCAGUACUCGAGGUUGGAGUUGUGUUGCUUUA